AUGCCGCGGGCCCCAGAGGCCCCCCCGGUUCAAGUGUGGGUGGGCGGCCAGCUCUUCCAGGCCGAGCGGGCCCUGCUGGUGGAGCACUGCGGCUUCUUCCGUGGCCUUUUCCGCUCCGGCAUGCGGGAGACGCGCGCGGCCGAGGUGCGCCUGGGCGCGCUGAGCGCUGGCGGCUUCCACACCAUGCUGCAGGUGCUGCGCGGCGAGCGGCCGGCGCUGGCGGCCGCCGACGAGCUGCUGCAGGCCGUGGAGUGCGCCGCCUUCCUGCAGGCGCCAGCGCUGGCGCGCUUUCUGGAGCACAGCCUCACGUCGGACAACUGCGCGCUGCUGUGCGACGCGGCCGCCGUCUUCGGCCUGCACGACGUAUUCCACAGCGCCGCGCUCUUCAUCCGCGACGGCGCGCACGACCUGGCGGCCGAGCUGGCGCUGCCCGAGGCGCGCGCCUACGUAGCGGCGCUGCGGCCCAGCAGCUACGUGGCCGUGAGCACGCACACGCCGGCGCCCGGCUUCCUGGAGGACGCGUCGCGCACGCUGUGCUACCUGGACGAGGAGGAAGACGCGUGGCGCACGCUGGCCGCGCUGCCCCUGGAGGCCAGCACGCUGCUGGCGGGUGUAGCCACGCUGGGCAACAAGCUGUAUAUCGUGGGUGGCGUGAGGGGCGCCAGCAAGGAGGUGGUGGAACUGGGCUUCUGCUAUGACCCGGCCAGCGGCACGUGGCGCGAAUUCCCCAGCCCGCACCAGCCGCGCUACGACACGGCGCUGGCUGGCUUCGAUGGCCGCCUCUACGCCAUAGGCGGCGAGUUCCAGAGGAUGCCCAUGAGCUCUGUGGAGCGCUACGACCCCGCUGCGGGUUGCUGGAGCUUCGUAGCUGACCUGCCGCAGCCGGCUGCCGGCGUGCCCUGCGCCCAGGCGUGUGGCCGCCUCUUCGUGUGUCUAUGGAGGCCGGCUGACACCACGGCCAUAGUGGAGUACACUGUGCGGGCCGACACGUGGCUGCCGGUGGCUGAGCUGCGGCGCCCGCAGAGCUACGGCCACUGCAUGGUGGCCCACCGCGACAGCCUCUAUGUGGUGCGCAAUGGACCUUCCGACGACUUCCUACACUGCGCCAUCGACUGCUUCAACUUGGCCACGGGUCAGUGGACGGCGCUGCCUGGCCAGUUUGUCAACAGCAAGGGAGCUCUCUUCACAGCGGUGGUGCGCGGCGAUACAGUCUAUACGGUCAACCGCAUGUUUACGCUGCUCUAUGCCAUCGAGGGUGGCACCUGGAGGUUGCUCAGGGAGAAGGCCGGUUUCCCAAGGCCCGGCUCCUUGCAGACCUUUCUUCUUAGGCUGCCUCCUGGCGCCCCGGGGCCUGUGGCUUCAACGACACCAGAACUGUGA